CUCCGUGCAAACUCUCGCGAGUGAAACUACGACCUCACUUCACCAUGACAAACCAACCGGUGGCUAUAGAAGCGAACAGUGUAAGUAACGCCUACAGUGACUACAGUAUCCAACUGAAUCGCUGGUUUCUAAAACCGAUCGGUGCAUGGCCGUAUUCCUCCACAACCACAACGUACGAAAAAGUCGUCUCCGCAAUUCUGAUUGUUCUAUGCUACGCAAGUUUACUGUUCAGCAUAAUCCCCUGUGUCGCUCACUUAAUCUUCGUAGAUGAGAUCUUGUACAAGAAAAUAAGAGCAUUCGGCCCUAUGGGCCAUUGGGUGAUCGGUGGCAUCUGUUACACCAGUCUGCUGUUUCAAAGGAAACGGAUAGGUGACUGCGUGAAACACAUAGAAGCCGAUUGGCGAACAGUGACGAAAAGCAACGAGCAACAAGUAAUGUUGAAACGCGCCAAGUUUGGCCGAUACGUGUCGAGCAUAUGUGCGAUCUUCGUGCACGGUGGCACCUUGUCGUACUGUAUAGUAAGCAGGUCCAUUACACAGACCAUUGACAUCGGUAACGAGACGAGAACGAUCCGCACGUUGCCGCUCAAUGUUUACAACAAGAUGAUCCCUGUGGAAACGAGCCCUGCCAACGAAUUGGUUUUCGCGAUGCAGUUUCUAUCGGCCUUCAUCUCCAACUCCAGCGGCAUUGGAUUCUACGUCUUCGGGAGUGUUUUAGCCGCCCACGCUUGCGGCCAAUUGGACCUGCUGGCAAUCUGGAUCAACGACUACGUGAACGAAUCUCGGGACAAAAUGAGGGGCACUUCCAUUAAAAGACUGGAAAUGAUCGUGCAACAUCACCUGAGAAUAUUAAAUUUUAUAGCACGUAUAGAAGAAAUAAUGUGCUGGAUAUGCAUGAUGGAGUUGUUUAGAUGCAUAUGGGCUAUAUGCAUGCUUGGAUAUUUUAUUAUUAUGAGCGAUAUUGAACAAUUCGAUGUGAAGCUAUUUUUGUGA